AUGAAGUCUUUGGGUCCUCACACGGUGGGACUCAUCAAGCAAAACCGCAGAGGCAAAGUUGUUUUUCAGGGGUUGCAUCCAUUUGAGAAGUUCGGAAAGUUCACGGAGUUAGAUGAACCCACAGAGUCAUAUGGUUUGUCUGAACAAACCUCGUCUGAGCCGGCGUCUGCAGAAAAGUCGUCUCCAAAUAACGUUGUCAUUGAUAUUUCUGAAGAUGAGGGAACUGAGAAAGAAGAUACACCAACUCCUGACACUCAAAUAGCUUCAGAACAUGAAAAAGAGUUAGGUCAUAUUCAAGAUGAUGUGGAAAUGAAUGUUGAUAUGGGAGAGAAUGUUGGGGAAGAUAGGAAUGACUCUUUCAGUGAUCUUGACCUCACAAGUUUCGAUCAUGAUGAUAUUGUUGCUUCCUUAUCUAGCAGUGCAAAUGUAGUGUCACACGAGAACCUUGAUACCAUUUUCAACAAUGUCGAUGACGUUGUUACUCCAACAACUGAGACUAGGAAGUCAAGUGAAACUUUUGAAACUAAGACUCCAACAUCGGGGCAAAUGGUGACUGCUUCAAUUCCUAUGGAGAUAGUUAUAGGAUGUUCCCCUCCUGUAUCUGUUUCUCCUACUACUGAACCAUUUGCAAGUGUUUUUACUCCAGAGUAUGACCAACAUCCGUCUAAGAGGCAAAGAAGAGAUGUGAGACAAUCCGAGCCGGUAGCAAGUUUAAUUAGCGACCUUCCAACACCACCUGUUACUGCUGCUACCACCAGACUUACAACAACUAAGAUGUUUCCAAUAGGUUCAAGCUCAUCGUUUAAUGUCGGAGGUCCCUCUGUUCCACCUGACUUUACAAUUCCAAGAUAUAAUCGUGAUGAUGCAUCCGAGAGGUUGGCUUUGCACAUGGCUGAAGAACAACUUCUAACGCCAAAUCCUAGAGGAAAGGGUGUUUCUAUUGAAGAAGGUGGUUCUAGGGGUGAUAAUCUAACCCUUUCUGGUCUACAAAAGGAAAUUUCAGCUCUAAGCCAAAAGAAUAUUGAGUUUGACAUUCAAGUAACGAAACUUCGUGCCAAAAAUUCUAAGCUUAGUAUUAAAGUCUCCGAGUUGCAAUCUGAUAAAUCAAGUCUUGGAGUGAAAAUGGCUGAACUCACAAAAGAUAAAAGGUUGAAGUCCAAGCAGAUCUCUGACUUACAAGAUCAUUUCAACCUGAUAACUUCAAGCUAUUUUGAACUGAAUAAGAAGCUCGAGGAAGACCGUGGGGACAAGUAUCAAACAUUUGUUGAAGAACGAAGGAUCAAUCUUCAUGUGCAAGCUUUCCCAGUUGAUUUGCCUGUCGGUCAAUCAUCUGGUACUGCUAGUCGUGAAGAUGAUGCACCUCCUCUGGCACCACAUGUAACAGAAACCAUACAUCGUGAUCAAGAUGAAGAAGUGAAGAAAGGGAAAUUACUUCCUUAA